AUGACACUGCUCCUGUGGCUGUCAUCUUGGAGCAACAUCUCUGUACUGGGAGUUUUUCUUACCGUCUUUACUGUGCUUGUUGAUUUCAUGAAGCGCAGAAAGAAGUGGAGCUGUUACCCCCCAGGCCCAGUGUCAUUGCCGUUUGUGGGGACCAUGCCAUACGUUAACUACAACAACCCGAUUCUCUCCUUCGAGAAGUUUCGCAAGAAGUUUGGAAACGUCUUCAGUCUCCAGAACUGCUGGACCAACGUGGUAGUGCUGAAUGGGUACAACACUGUGAAGGAAGCCUUGGUCAACAAAUCGGAGGACUUUGCUGACCGGCCAUACAUGCCAAUAUAUGAACAUCUGGGCUAUGGACAUAAAUCUGAAGGUAUUGUUUUGGCAAAAUAUGGACAUGUUUGGAAGGAGCUAAGGAAAUUCACGCUCAUUACCCUAAGGAACUUUGGGAUGGGAAAGAAGUCCUUGGAGGAGCGAGUGACUGAGGAAGCAGGAUUUCUGUGCUCUGCAAUCAGUUCUGAAGGAGGUCGUCCUUUUGAUCUGCAUCUUCUUGUAAAUAAUGCGGUCAGCAAUGUGAUCUGCACCAUCACCUAUGGAGAGCGUUUCGAGUACGGUGACGAGACAUUCAAGAAGCUGUUAACUUUGUUUGAAAACUCCCUGAAUGAAGAAAUUGGACUCCUGCCUGAGCUUCUUCAAGUGGUGCCCAUUUUGUUGCGCAUUCCUGGACUGCCACAGAUGAUCUUUCGAUGCCAAAAGGAAUACAUAGACUUCACAGAAAUGCUCAUAGAGAAGCACAAGGAGACCUGGAACCCUGCUUACACCCGAGACUUCACUGAUGCAUUUUUAAAGGAAAUGGCAAAGGGUAAUGAGGCUGAAGUGAAUGGUUUCAAUAGAACCAACCUUAGCUUCGUGACGUCAGACUUGCUUGCAGCAGGUUCUCAAACCACCUCCACCACUCUCCGAUGGGCGUUCCUGUUCAUGCUUUUGUACCCAGAAAUACAGAGUAAAGUCCACAAAGAGAUUGAUAAGGUGAUUGGAAGAAACCGACCGCCCACCAUGGCAGACCAAGCAAACAUGCCCUACACCAAUGCCGUCAUCCAUGAAGUACAACGCUGUGGGGACAUUAUUCCUAUGGGGCUACCUCACAUGACAUACCGGGACACCAAGCUUCAAGGUUUCUUCAUUCCCAAGGGGACGACAAUCAUCACCAACUUGACUUCUGUGCUGAAGGAUGAGACAGUCUGGAAGAAGCCAAAUGAGUUUUAUCCCGAACACUUCCUGAAUGAAAAUGGGGAAUUUGUGAGACCAGAGGCCUUCUUGCCCUUCUCUGCAGGUCGACGUGCCUGCCUGGGGGAACAGCUGGCCAAGAUGGAGCUCUUCAUCUUCUUCACCACUCUCAUGCAGAAGUUCACCUUUGUGAUCCCUGAAGAUCAGCCCAGGCCACGGGAGGACGGUCACUUUGCUUUUAUAAACAGCCCACACCCAUACCAGCUGCAAGCUGUUCCAAGAUAAGUGUGCACCGCUUCAUUCAGAAACCACCACAAACACUGUCAGAAAUGUUGGAGGGCUAUGCCAGGAUCUAGUUAUCCCAAGUUUGUGCAGAUGUCUCCAGCUGUGUAAAGUAAGGAUGUGGCCCAGUAUCCUUAGCUUAGCUUAAUUUCAAUUUUAGUCCUGAAUUCCUGUGUACUGAAACACGAAGUGUAUCCAGGGUAAGAGAUAUCGUGCUGAUCCUAAGAGCAAAAACCUUGGAAAAAGCUGGAAAGUGCUGCUGGACACCUCCUUUCCCUGCUGGCCACUCUCUGUCUCUAGUGCUUUGCCUCUGCCUGCCCUCCAGGUGCCCAGGAGGGCUCUGGCUUCAUUCCUGCAAAUACAAGGCUCACAAUGUCAAGUGAUUCGGCAUGGGCUGUUGGUGGGCAGGUGAGAGCUUCAACACUUACAAAGUCACAUUCCCCUGCAGGACUACACAUGGCUUCAGAGUUUUGCUCCUGAUCGUGCAAUAAACAUGGACUCCAUGCAUUACUUCA